AUGGCUGCUUCAUCUAUGAAUAACGAAAAGUCCCAGGCGGACUAUCCCAACACACAUUACCUAUCUAAUCUCAAUAACCCCCAUGCCACCAACCAGACGAUUCAUUUGAACCGGUUGCCCACUCUUGGAGAGAUUCUCGCCAAUAAGACCAAGUCCCCCGUUGAUUUACGGACCUUCUAUCGAUAUAUGGAUGAGAUAGAGGGGAAACUGGAUUACUUGGAUUUUUGGUUCGAGUUGAUAAACCACUUGAACUUGUGUAAGCACUAUGUCAAGGGUCUUAGAGAUAGCAUAGUACGUCAAUCCUAUAACCACUAUACUGGAGGAGGCACUAAUAGUAGUGGUGGUGGAGGUGGACCUGGUAGUCCAACAGACCCAUUUCAAAGUCCGGGAGAUGGGAAACACAAAUCACUCAGUUCAUCGAUCUUGUUAGAUUUGAUCUUGAACGAUCAUAUUUUGGAAGACAGUGAUUCCAAUAGAUUAUCACAAUUCUUAAGAGGUGAUAUCCAACUCGAAAAUGCUGAUCCCAAGUUAAGAGAUAUGAUUCUGAGAUAUAAUGAAACAACCAAUAAUCGAUCAUCAAAUGGGUCUAGUAUCUUGGGAACCCCUACGCAAAUUAGUUUUGUAUUUUCCAAACCUCCAACCCCCAAUGUUCAAGGUGGUGGUGGUAAUGAGAAGCGAUUCAGCUCUCAUUCCAAACUGAUGGACGAACAGAGUCUAGGCGAGUCCAUGGAGAUUGGUCAAGCUGAUAGAGCCAUUAACCCCAAUAUGGCCCCACUGAAGAAAGAAACAUCCAUUAACCCUGCAUUAUUAGAGAAAUUGGUUCAUAGACCAAUGUCUGAAUCCAACUCGUUUAUCACCAGAAAUAACUUGAAGGAAUCAUCCCAUAAUUUACUCUUGAAAUAUUUUGUGGAGGAUUCAGAAAAGAACUUAUAUUUACCCAAUAAAAUGAAUAAAGAAAUCAUUAAAGCCAUAGAAGUCGAAGGUCGUGAUGAUCCAGAUAUCUUUCAUGAUGUACGGUUAUUUGUCUUUUCGAGACUAGAGAAUGAUUAUCUUCCUCGGUUCUUGAAUUUCGUGGCCAUUAGAAACGUCAAUCAUACAGGCUUUUUAAGAAUCUUUUUAGGGUUCUUUUUUAUAUUUAUUGCAUUCUGGAUUGGGUUCAUUUUUAUCUUUUUGAAUACCAGAAAAUCCCUUAGACUUUUGAUCCUAAUACCCUAUGCCAUCGGGUUUUAUUUCCUCAUCACGUCGGUAUAUUUGGUUGAUCCCAUAUUAAUUUGGUUGGGCUAUGGCGAAUCAUUUACAAGAGAGAAUUCGUUUCUCCUAAUCAAGGACAAGUUUGUGAGAAACUUACUUUUGAGAAGAAGUAUAUGGGUGACAUUUCUAGUUGCUCUAUGUACUGCUAUACUCACCAUACUAUUCGUAUUAGUUCCAGGUCAUCGACUCUAG